GGAACUACCAUUCCCGGCGGGUAGCGUGCCAGGCUCCGCCGCGCAGGUCUCUGGAGCAGGUCCGGUGGCCCGCUGGGGGCUGGAGUCUCAAGGACGCGCGCACCUGAAUCCAGGAACUGGUGUGCGCUGAUUGAUAGAUUUAAAUUGCCUUUUUAAUGAUUGAAAAGUGAUGGAGAGGGAUCCAAAAUAUCAAGUGACUUCUCUACCAAAGCAGUAGAAGAUUCUUCAUAUCACCUUCUGAAAAAUCAGUUCAGGUUUUGGGAAGGAGGAGAACAAGUGAAAUACGGAAAACAAGAAGAAAACCUCAUUUACGAAUUGUCUUCCCCUACUCCCUUUUCUCUCACCAUCUUUCUACUUGUUUUAGUUUUGCUUUGAAUUUAUAAAUAGUGAAGACCAAAGAAAUAAUAUACAUAUUUAAGAGCUUUAUAUCAAGAAAUUGGACUCCAAAACUUCUGUUCUGUGGAGGGAAAAGUAUAUCAAGUUCUUAUCUGAUUUUUUUAAACAAAAUUUCUUAUGUUCUUUGACUUUAAAGAUUAACAAAUGUAGAUACAUAUCUGCACAUUUUGUAAGAAUGAUGAGAUUUGUGUUCUAAGGGCUUUGUCAUAUGGGUGUGCCACUGGAGUUGACUCUUCAAAUCUUUUCUAGUGCUUUAAUAUUCUAUUUUUGAUCUCAUUUUGACAUUAUUUACCCACAUGGGAGGCUACUUAUCUUUCUAGCUAUGACCUUAUUAUAAUAGUUUGCACUCACUGUGCAAAUGUCCAUGUAUUACCUAUUUAAGCAACAUCCUAGUGCCAUUAUUCAAGAAGUUGAAUGAGGUGAACAUAGAUAUAACUUUUUCCCCUUUCCCCUUUUUUAAAUGUAACAAAUACUGUUUAUGUUCCCCUUCCCCCUUCCCCCUCCCCCUUCCCCUUUUUUGAAACGUGUCAGGAACUAGAGUAGUUUAGGAUGAGUAAUUGAGGGGACAAAGAAAGUGAACUACACAGAGCCGGGCUUCUUUGUUCUUCGACACAAGGCGUGCUGCUGACCAGGCUACUUAAAGCACCCUUUCAACAAGAAAACCUCCUGGAAGAUCCAGCUGGCAAACUCAAGGAGUUCAGGAAACAGGACCACAGAGGUUACACUCUGGGAUCCUGGCCAUGAGGUUGGAUGCCUCACCUUGUUGAAAAGACACUGGACCUAAAUGGCGCAGCAUGACUUUGUUCCUGCUUGGCUAAAUUUCUCAACACCACAGUCAGCGAAGUCACCUACAGCCACUUUUGAAAAACACAGUGAACAUCUGUCCCGAGGAGAAGGAAGAUUUGGAGUAAGCCGACGUCGACACAAUUCCUCUGAUGGGUUUUUUAACAAUGGAUCUCUACGGACUACAGGAGAUUCCUGGCACCAGCCAUCCCUAUUCCGCCACGAUUCUGUGGACUCUGGUGUCUCUAAGGGAACAUAUGCUGGAAUAACAGGGAACCUAUCUUACUGGCAUGGAUCUUCUCGAGGUCAUGAUGGCAUGAGCCAGCGUAGUGGAGGGAGCACUGGGAACCAUCGACACUGGAAUGGCAGCUUCCAUUCCCGGAAAGGCUGUGCCUUUUCAGAAAAGCCACCUACAGAAAUUAGGGAAGAAAAGAAAGAAGACAAGGUGGAAAAGUUGCAGUUUGAAGAGGAAGACUUUCCUUCUUUGAAUCCAGAAGCUGGCAAACAGAAUCGGCCAUGCAGACCUAUUGGGACCCCUUCUGGAGUGUGGGAAAACCCACCUAGUGCCAAGCAACCCUCUAAGAUGCUAGUUAUCAAAAAAGUUUCCAAAGAGGAUCCUGCUGCUGCCUUCUCUGCUGCAUUCACCUCACCUGCAUCCCAACAUGCAAAUGGGAACAAAGCAUCAACCAUGGUCCCAAGUGUCUAUAAGAACCUGGUUCCUAAACCUGUACCACCUCCUUCCAAGCCCAAUGCAUGGAAAGCUAACAGAAUGGAACAUAAAUCCGGAUCCUUUUCCUCUAGCCGGGAGUCUGCUUUUACCAAUCCAAUCUCUGUUACCAAACCAGUGGUAUUGCCUGGUGGCACAGUUCUAAGCUCUCCUAAAGAGAGUCCCUCCAGCACUACCCCACCAAUGGAGAUGAGUACCACUCGUCUGACCAGGUUGACCCGUCGAACCACCGACAGGAAGAGUGAGUUCCUGAAGACUCUGAAGGAUGACCGGAAUGGAGACUUCUCAGAGAACAGAGACUGUGACAAGCUGGAGGAUUUGGAGGAUAAUAGCACAUCUGAACCAAAGGAAAUUGGAGAGGGAAGCUGUCUUCAGAAUGGUCUUUCUCUCCCCAUUUCAGAAGAAAGAGAGGUCCUCUCCCACUCCCUGGAAGCAGAACAUAGAUUAUUGAAAGCUAUGGGGUGGCAGGAAUAUCCUGAAAAUGAUGAGAGUUGUCUUCCUCUCACAGAGGAUGAGCUCAAAGAAUUCCACAUGAAGACCGAGCAGCUGAGAAGAAAUGGCUUUGGAAAGAAUGGCUACUGGCAGGGCCGCAGUUCCAGCCUGUUCUCUCCUUGGAGAAAUGCUUGUAAACCAGAGUUUGAGGACUCAGACACAGAGACAAGUAGCAGUGAAACAUCGGAUGAUGAGGCCUGGAAGUAGGCGCACGCACUGGCAGUUGGUCUGACCUCGCAAACUGGCCGUGUGCUUCGGGAAUGGGUGCACACAAGAGAUGGUUCUUUUCCUUUUCUUACAUUGUUGAAUAUGUUGUGCACAAGGGAAAUAAUCAUAUCCCAAAGAGAGAGCAGUUGGCUUGCUUAGCUUUUGUUCUUGUUCCCUGUUAUCUGCUUAAUAGAAAAGUUUGUGUGGUGGGAAAGAUUUGUAAAUGACACAUACAGAGUCUAUGCGGGGCGACGCACAAGUGGGAGCUGGCAGUGCAGGCACCGAGGGGAGGAGACACGGGUCUGCAGCAGCAGCUUCUACUACCAGCCCUCAGGGCACUCACCUGUGCUCAAGCAAUCAUUGUCAAUGACAAAGUGACUAUGGAAGUUUAUAAUUGUAUUAAAUUAAUGCUAAUAAUUUGGAUAUUUUAUUUUAUUUUUGGCUGCUCGGGUAACAUUAGCCCCUUAACCAAGCAUUUGUGGUUAUUUGUUUUUGUUUUCUUUUUCCUUUUUGGGUACAGCUGUAAAAUAUUUGGAUUUAGGAAAUGUUGUGUUAUUCUUGCAGCCUUGAUAUUCAGGGUGGAUUGUAAAAUAUAAAUUUUUGUGAGAUUUCAAAGAUUAAGAUUAUUUUGAUAACAUUAUUUACAGAUUUAAAAGGUGGUUAUCACACGUCUUGAGGGGGGAAAACUACUGCAUAAAAUAACUAACUUGGAAUAAAUAUUUUGCAUCAGUUUG